UCCCGUGAAAGUGAGUGCGACCGCUUUAAAACAUCCUUAAAUAUCUAACAACUUUUAUCUCCCGAACCUAGUUCCGAACCUCCCGUCUGCGUACGUUUACAAAAUCAAUCACGCACAUAUGUUAAACAUCGAACUGUUCUUCUUCCAAGUACUACUCUCUACUUCACUCACACUCCAUUAGAGUAUCUUCUAUAGCUCAGCUUUUUUCUUCAAACAAAAUUCAAAACUUGUACGGAACUUAAAGUUAUUUUUAGUAAUUUUUUUUAUAUAGGGUUUUGUAAUGUGGAGAUCCAAUUCAGAGGUGUAAUUUCGUUUUGAGGUAAUUGUUUUUUAAUCUGUUGUGGAACAGAAUUAUGGCACAGAAUAACUGGGAAGCUGAUAAGAUGCUUGAUGUGUAUAUUCAUGAUUAUUUGUUGAAGAGAAAAUUGCAUAAUUCUGCCAAGGCUUUUAUGACUGAAGGGAAGGUUGCCACCGAUCCCGUAGCAAUUGAUGCACCUGGAGGGUUUCUGUUUGAAUGGUGGUCGGUAUUUUGGGAUAUAUUUAUUGCAAGGACAAAUGAGAAACAUUCGGAAGCUGCUGCAACUUACAUAGAGGCACAGCAAUUUAAGACAAGGGAGCAGCAACAGCAGAUGCAAAUGCAGCAGUUGCAAUUAAUGCAACAUCGCGGUGCUUUGCAACGAAGGGAUCCUAAUCAUCCAGCUCUUUCUGGUUCUAUAAACACUAUGAACUCUGAAGGAAUGAUGGGACAGCCAUCGGCUAGUGUUUUGGCCAUGAAAAUGUAUGAAGAUCGUAUAAAGCACCCUCAUUCUAUGGACUCAGAGACAUCACCAGCUCUAAUGGAUCCAAAUAGGAUGGCCCUUUUUAAGUCGGCAAAUGGUCAUCAAGGCCAGCUUGUACAAGGUAGCUCUGGAAAUAUGUCUGCAGCUCUUCAGCAGAUCCAAGCACGAACUCCUCUGACAAAUGAUAUCAAAAGUGAAGUUAAUUUGGGCUCAACUCAGAAAAGUUUACCUAUGGACCCCUCGAUCUACGGACAAGCAAUUUUACAAUCAAAGUCUGGACUAGGCGGCGCAGGAUUAAAUCAAGGUGUAACUGGUCUUCCAUUGAAGGGCUGGCCUUUAACUGGAUUUGACCAAUUGCGGCCAGGUCUGGGAGUACAAAUGCAGAAACCUAAUCUACCAAACCAAAAUCAGAUUCUUUUGGCAUCACAGCAACAACAGGUCCUGGCACAUGCUCAGGCACAGAGCAAUCUUGGAAAUUCUAGUGGUUUUGGGGACCUGGAUCCACGGAGGUCAAAUCAGUUGCCUCGGGGCACCUUGAAUGCGAAAGAUGGUCAGUCCACAAGAAAUGAUGGAUCAAUAUGCUCUCCCGUGCAAUCAAGCUCACCAAAGAUGAAGAUGUCCCAGAUGCAGCAUUCUUCGUCUCAGCAGCAGGACCCAUUGCAGCAGCAGCAACAGUUGCAACAGAACAAUAACAGAAAAAGGAAACAACACUCUUCCUCUGGGCCUGCUAAUAGUACUGGUACAGGGAAUACAGUGGGUCCUUCGCCCAGUUCUCCUCCAUCAACUCAUACCCCUGGUGAUGGAAUAACAACAGCAAGCAGUGUGCAGCAUGUUAACAGCACUUCAAAAGGCUUGAUGAUGUAUGGUUCAGAGGGAACAGGAGGUCUUGCAUCCUCGUCCAACAUGCUGGAUGACAUGGACCGCUUUGGAGAUAUUGCUUCUCUAGAUGAUAACAUGGAACAGUUUCUUUCGCAUGACGGAGGAGAUGGAAGGGAUUCAUAUGGAACACUAAAACCAAAUUCCUCUGAGCACCAAAAAGAGUCUACUAAAGGUUUUACCUUUGGUGAGGUUGGUUGCGUCCGGACAAGAAAUAGCAAAGUCACUUGCUGUCACUUCUCUUCAGAUGGAAAGGUUCUGGCCAGUGCUGGACAUGACAAGAAGGUUGUUCUUUGGAACAUGGAUACCCUGCUGACAGAGAUGACUCCUGAAGAUCACAAACUAGUUAUUACAGAUGUUCGUUUUAGGCCAAAUUCAUCUCAGCUGGUCACGGCCUCAGUUGAUAAAUCAGUGCGAUUAUGGGAUGCAGCCAAUCCAAGCUAUUGCCUGAAUGCCUACACAGGGCACUCACCUGUCAUGUCCCUGGACUUCCACCCCAAGAAAACUGAUCUUUUCUGUUUUAGCGACAACGACAAUGAAAUUCGCUAUUUUAAUGUCAAUCCAUUCUCGUGCACUCGUGUUUCUAAGGGAGGCACUGCACAGGUUAGAUUUCAACCAAGGACUGGACAACUGCUUGCAGCUGCAUCAGAUAAAGUAGUGUCUAUCUUUGAUGUUGAAACGGACAGGCAAACACACUCAUUCCAGGGGCACUCUGAAAUGGUGAACUACAUUUGCUGGGAUGCAAAUGGAGAUAUUUUGGCAUCUGUCAGUCAGAACCUGGUGAAAAUUUGGUCUUUGUCCUUGGGAGAAUGCAUUCAGGAGCUCAGCUCCAACGGGAACCAGUUCCAUUCAUGCGUUUUCCAUCCAAGUUACUCGACUCUAUUGGUGAUUGGAGGGUUUUCGUCUUUGGAGCUGUGGAACAUGGCUGAGAAUAAGAGUAUGACAAUUCCAGCUCAUGAGAACAUAAUCUCAGCCUUGGCACAAUCUCCGGUAACCGGAAUGGUAGCAUCUGCAAGUCAUGACAGCUCAGUUAAGCUGUGGAAAUAAAUAGUGCAGAAAUAUGCAAAGCAACAAUGAGAUGAACGAAGGUUCUCAUGACCUAUCCGGUUUUUUUCCUUCUCAAUUAGCUAUAUGUAUAAUUUCUUUUUCUUUAUAUAUAUAUAUAUAUAGAAUAUAUUCCAUUUCAUUUCGAAGCUUCUGAGAAUAAAGAAGCAUAAAGAGCAGUUGGUUAGGUGGAAGAUGGACAGCAGAUUCUUAGUAUGUAAAUAAAUCAAUUUCUGAUUUGUUGUAAUGUUUCAGCUCUUCAUUAAACUGUUUGAGCCAUAUUCAAAGUAUGAUGUAUAUUAAUGUUAUCAUUCAAAAGGAUUGAAAUUCCACCA